AUGCGAUCUACUUACAAAAAGACGAAAGGUCGGGACGGAUUUCAGGUUUCAACAAUGUCCUACGAUUACCUUUUCAAAUACAUAAUCAUCGGUGAUACAGGUGUAGGGAAAUCGUGUUUGUUGCUGCAAUUCACCGACAAGAGGUUUCAACCAGUUCAUGACUUGACUAUUGGAGUCGAAUUCGGUGCUCGUAUGGUCGCCAUUGAUGGCAGGCCUGUUAAGCUUCAGAUUUGGGAUACCGCUGGCCAAGAAUCAUUCAGAUCGAUCACCAGAUCAUAUUACAGAGGAGCAGCUGGAGCUCUUCUGGUUUAUGACAUCACUAGGAGAGAAACAUUCAAUCAUCUAGCUGGAUGGCUUGAAGAUGCAAGACAACAUGCCAAUCCCAACAUGACAAUCAUGCUUGUAGGAAACAAAAGUGAUCUUUCCCACAGAAGAGCUGUCAGCAAAGAGGAAGGAGAACAGUUUGCAAAAGAAAACGGACUCUUGUUCUUGGAAGCAUCUGCAAGAACAGCACAGAAUGUUGAAGAGGCGUUUCUUAAGACUGCAGAAAAGAUACUUCAGAAGAUCCAGGAGGGUGUGUUUGAUGUAUCAAAUGAGUCAUCGGGGAUAAAGGUGGGAUAUGGACGUCCUCAAGGUACAGGAGCAAGAGAUGGAACAGUUGCUCAGAGCGGUGGAUGUUGUGGUUGAUCUUGAUUCUUGAAGAAGCAUAUAUUAUUAUUAUUAUUUUUAUUUUUUAAUAUUGGAACAUAAUAUGUAAUGUAUAAAUAUAAGUGGAUUUUGGUCUUUUGAACCAAUUUGAUCAUCAUCUUUUAGUUAUGUAACUUGAAAAUUGUUAUGGAGGUGUAUUAUAUA